AGAGCAAGAAUUCUGGUUUCCCAUAGAACAUAUUGGGCUGUCUCUUUUCUCUCUGAGUUGGGAUUUGUUUGUUUUCUCUUGGAUAAGCUUUGACAAAAUCCUCAUUUGGAGUGAAAAGAAAUUCGGGUUCGUCUUCUGUUUAGAGCCCCGUGUCAUUAGCAUCUGAUUUGCAUUUACGGUUUAAGGGGAAAUUUGGAGCUUCUCUUUAGAAGUUGUAUUUUUUUUUCUUUGCGUCUACACCCCUUUGGGGGUUUUAGUUUGCAAAAAUUUGGCUUUGAAAUUCUCAUGGUUUUGUGAUAUCAUACAUACAAUAGUGGCGGUUAGAUUGUUGGGAUUUGUUGAAUUUUUAAGCUUUUCCUGAGGUUUAUUGACACCCUUUUAGAAGGUUGGGAUUUGGAUUUGGUUUCAAUAUUUGGGUAGUCAUUUAUUUAUUUCAUUGUUUGAUUUAAAUUGGAUUGACUCUCCAGUUUUGAGGGUUCUUGUGUAAAGCGAGAUUGGCACAAGUAAAUUUGUUUCUAGAAGAGUUGGGCUUGCCAUGGGGAAGCAAAGCGGAAAGAAGAACAAGCAGGUAGGAGAAAAAUCGGGUGACGGUAGUGGAAAGCAUGGCAAAACUGGGGACAAUAUUAGUAGCCCAAGAGCCUAUGAUAAGGACACCGCAGUUUUCAUUUCCAUGUCACAAGAGUUGAAGGAUGAGGGGAACAAGUUGUUUCAAAAGAGGGACCAUGAAGGAGCCAUGUUGAAGUACGAGAAGGCCCUGAAAUUGCUUCCGAGGAAUCACAUAGAUGUGGCAUAUCUGAGGAGUAAUAUGGCUGCUUGCUACAUGCAAAUGGGGGAGAGCGAGUAUCCGAGGGCGAUCCACGAGUGCAAUCUGGCGCUUGAAGUCACUCCCAAGUAUAGUAAAGCGCUGUUGAAGAGAGCAAGGUGUUAUGAGGCUUUGAAUAGGCUGGACUUGGCUCUAAGAGAUGUCAAUACUGUUCUCAGCAUGGAACCAAAUAAUAUCAUGGCAUUGGAGAUUUCAGAAAGGGUUAAAAUGGCGCUCGAGAAGAAGGGGUUGAAGGUAAAUGAUAUAGUGAUUGAGUUGCCUCCGGAUUAUGUGGAACCACCAAUCUCCUUGGCACCCCGAAAAGUUGUGAAAGAAAAAACGAGGAAGAAGAAGAGCAACAAAGUUGUGGAGAAACAGGUUGUGGACAAUACAGAGCAACAGAAUGUUGAGGAAAUAGCUGAGGAGAAAAAGGCUGAGGACAAGGUUGUUGUGAAGGAGAAAAUUAGUACUGUGAAGGAGGUACCUAAAAAAUCUGUAAAAUUGAUUUUUGGGGAGGAUAUAAGACGGGCUCAGUUGCCAGUAAACUGCACACUACUACAACUAAGGGAGGUUGUUGCCGACCGGUUUCCAAACUCAAGAGCGGUCUUAGUUAAAUACAGAGACCAUGAGGGUGAUUUGGUUACAAUUACUAGUGAUGAAGAACUGAGGUGGGCUGAAGGCUCAACAGAAUCAGAAGGGUCUCUCAGGUUUUACAUUGUAGAAGUUGAACCUGAGCAGGAUCCAUUCUUUGAGAAAGUGAAGAGUGAUGAGGAGGUGCAGAAGCUGAGUAUUGGGGAAAAUAGUGUAUCUGAGAAUGGUUUUUCUGUUAAAGGCAAAGAAAUAAAGGGGUUAUCUUGCAUUGAGGAUUGGAUAAUCCAAUUUGCUCAGUUGUUCAAGAAUCAUGUUGGAUUUGAAUCUGAUUCAUACUUGAAUCUCCAUGAGCUUGGGAUGAAGCUCUAUUCUGAAGCUAUGGAAGAGACGGUUACGAGUGAUGAAGCUCAACAUCUUUUCGAGACAGCAGGAGACAAGUUCCAAGAGAUGGCGGCUUUAGCAUUGUUCAACUGGGGAAAUGUUCACAUGUCAAGGGCACGAAAGAAGGUUUAUUUUACAGAAGAGGCUUCGAAAGACUCAAUACUUUCACAAAUCGAAGCUGCAUAUGAGUGGGCGCAACAGGAAUAUACAAAAGCAGGGAAGAGAUAUGAAGAAGCCCUGAAAAUGAAACCUGAUUUCUAUGAAGGCUACCUGGCUUUAGGUCAGCAGCAGUUUGAACAGGCGAAACUCUCUUGGUAUUAUGCAAUAAGCAGCAACGUUAAUUUGGAAAUGCAGCCGGCCACAGAAGUACUGCGACUUUAUAACAAUGCUGAAGACAACAUGGAAAAGGGCAUGCAGAUGUGGGAGGAAUGGGAAGAGCAACGCCUGAGUCAAUUCACCAAGAAAAACAGUGUUAGAACCCAGAUACAGAAUUUGGGAUUGGAUGGACUUUUCAAAGAUAUAUCCGUGGACGAAGCUGCUGACCAGGCAGCAAACAUGAGGUCCCAGAUCAACCUUUUGUGGGGCACCAUGCUUUAUGAGAGAUCCAUAGUGGAAUUCAAGCUUGGUUUGCCUGUAUGGCAUGAAUGUUUGGACGUUGCAAUUGAGAAGUUUGAACAUGCUGGGGCUUCUCCAACAGAUAUAGCUGUCAUGGUAAAAAACCACAGCUCAAAUAAUAAUACCCUUGAAGGUUUAGGGUUCAAAAUUGAUGAGAUAGUGCAGGCAUGGAAUGAGAUGUAUGAAGCUAAAAAGUGGCAAAGUGGGGUACAAUCAUUCAGAUUGGAGCCUUUAUUAAGAAGAAGAGUCUCAAAACUUUAUUAUGCAUUAGAGCAUGCAUGAGCCAAUGGUUUCAAGGUUUCUCCAAUAAGUCACUUUUCUUACUCAACCGCCUGGAACAUAUUCUUUGCAUAUUAAGCUUUUUUGUUGCUAGUUUACCUCUACAGUCGGAGCUUCGACCGUUUACCUUAAAACAGCCAAACCUUUGUAAAAGCUAAUAUUUUGGAUGGUUAAUUGAAGAAAAAAGUACGCUGGUUUCAUUUAUAUUAUUGGGGAGGAGAUGAAUUUGCAGGUUAUUUCAUUCUGCCCUCACUCUCGUUGCAUCCCCAGUUUUCAACAGUUUCUGACGGCUGAUUUUGUACCUGUAUUUGUAGCAAUAUUUAUUAACUUCAGCAAUUUGGUAUCUCAUCUUCGUUGUGUAACAAAUUAUUUUGGUUUGUAGUGUCUUUUUAGACAGAUUGUAUGUGUCAUAAAGUAAAAUCUCUCUCGCUUGUUUACA